CGUGCUCGCUGCUCCCUCCUCUACGAUCGCUACGCACAGAGUCGUCGGUCGAGGCAGGCGCCUUAAGAUGGCGGCGGUCGCCGGGCCGGGCUCCUAGCUCAGCCAUGGGGGUAUUUUACUGCCCCCUUUGCCACCUCACCGCCUUUGUGGGUCGGCGCCACCUCUACAGCGCUAGCCACCAGCGACGGCUCCGGGAGGCGCUCAGCCGCCUGCAGGCCAAGGUGCAGUUGGCUCGGAAGAUGAUUAAAAAUGCAGUGGUCGUGAAGUAUGACGCAGGGGAGCAUGAACAACUCUUCUGGUGUCUCUGCUGCAAGCAGGAGGUGAAAAGGCACCUGAGCCAUGGGAGCCUGACAGUGCUGCAUGGGGGACUUCUGCAGCACAUGGCCAGCCUGGAGCAUAAAAAAGAAGCCAACAAGUUCUGGUGGGAGAACAAAGCAGAAGCCAAAUUAAAGCAGCAGUUUCUGAUUUCCUCUGAGGAGUAUGAACGGUUCAAAUCAUCACUUGUCAAAGCUCUGGAUGCUUUUGAAGAAAAAGAGGAUGAGGUCAUUAAAGAGAUGGCAUCCCAUAUCCGAGAAGUGGAGCAGAGCAGACAGGAAAUGGUACAUGCCGUCUUAGAGCCUCAAACCGAGACAGAAUUUUGUGAUGAAUCCUCUGCCUUCAGUACACCUGGAGGGCAUAAAAGUGACUUCACCAUCAUCACAGAAGAGCAGCUUGGUCCAAGUGUGAUUCAGAUAACACCUGAUUUAGAUUGGAUGGAAGAAAACCAUGCUCUGACUUUUAUUGGCCACCAGGAAUCUGAAGGGAAGGGAAAUGUUCACACAGGUGCCAAACCUCCUUGGCUGAUGCAGGAUGAAGAGGAAUUUGGAAGUAAACACCAGAUUGGACCUUCAUAUGAGGAAUUUCUCAAAGAACAGGAGAAGCAGAAGCUGAAAAAACUUCCAACAGAUCGUGUUGGUGCCAACUUUGAUCACACCUCUGAGACAGGUGAAGGCUGGCUUCCCUCCUUUGGGCGAGUCUGGAAUCAUGGUAGAAGGUGGCAAUCCAGACAUCAGUUCAAAGCUGAAUCAGGUAAAGAAAAAAGGAAGACCCGAAAAAGACCAAAAUCUGAGGUUCAAUGAAAAAGCACGCACCACCUAGUGUUUAGUAUACAAAGCGUAUAAUGUUGUUAAUGCUGUUAUAGUUACUGUAUAUCCAGCUAUAUAGAAGACAUGAACUCAAACUAAUUUUGCUUAAGUGGGACUUCACUGUGCCGUCCUACAGUGUAGAUGAAAAGGAGGCCAAGGCAUCUUUGGCCAGAGCUAUCACAUAAUAUCAAGAUGCUUGAGAUUUUUUUUACUCCAUCUCGCCCCCUUAAGAAGACACAAAGUUAAUUAAACAAUUUUAUUGUAUACAUUUACAUAAGAAAUACAGCAGAGGUGACUGGAAAACCUGCAAAGCAAAAAAUACUGAGUUAGUCAAUCAGUUGUGUAGAUCUCAUUGUCUAAUAAAGUUUGUCCUACUGCAACAUU